CUAACAAGGCUUCCGUUCCCGCGUUUGUACGCCCUACUAUCUACAGUGUAACUGUAGCGAACUCCGUUAAUACUACGCCUCCGGCGAUUCCUCCUAUACGGACGGGCUCCUUUAUAGGGUGUACUACUAUAUUAGGUACUACGCGAAGCAGCUAUCCUCGGUCUACUAUAGUUAUAGAGCACCCCGUGUCUAGUAUUAACGUCGACGAGGGGCUAUCUAGCUAGAGCUAGGCUUUGAAGGUUAUGUAGCGCUAGCCGCGAAAGGUAUAUCCCUCGGGUACGUCCUCUAUAGCUGUCGAGGUAACGAUCGUAGCCGGUCCUAGUACCUUAGCCGAUACCUUACAGUACUUAAGGUAGGCGUAUAGUUUGUUCCGGGAGGGGAAGGACAGUCUAUACCGGCGGCAGUCCUUUAUCUAGGGCGAAACAUAGGGCUAUAGUGUACUAGGUAGGGGUUUCCCUAACCCGUCGCCUACCGCGGUAUAUAGGGAGGCUAGUAAUACUACGACGAAGUACGCUUAGACUUCGUCUUCGUCCGACAUCCCGUCUAGUAAGCCCUAGUCGUCUUCGCCCUACGGAUCCUACGGGAGUUCCUAGGCGUCUUCUAGGGGCGCCUCGUCUGUAUAGUAACUACUAGCUCGGUUGUCAAUCCGCCGCUAGUUGUUACGAGGCCUAAAGCCCGAUCGUCUCUCGCCCUACGGCUAGUCCUCGCGCCUCGCGCCUUAAUCCCCCUACCUAUCCGUACCUUCGCUUAAAGGCUGUCUAGGUGUCUAACUCUACCUCUAUCGUAGUAGAUCGCGGUCGCUUCGCUCGCGGUUAGUAUUCUACGGCUACGUGUUAGGUAGGAAUCUAUUAUUAUCUAGCGCGCGUCGAGUCUCGUAGGCGUUACUACGAGGGUUGCGGGAGUAUCGAUCGCUACGCGUUCUAUACUCGCGGUCCUACCGAUUACCUCGGUCGUUAGAGCGCGGGGUCUACUUACCAUUCUGGUACAAUCGCUACUAGGUCUCUUCUUACUUCUCGUACACCUCUACGAAUUCGUCUAGGGUCGUACGGGUAUCUAGUAUAAAAACCACUUGCUAGAAUCUUAGGUCGAGGCGUCGAUAAGCGGCAAUAAGGCUAGGUUUGUCCUACGCCCCUAUCUCGGCCGCUUAGGCGUAGCGUACUACCGCGUGUAUAAACUCGCUUACCGGCUUCCCGGCUCUCACCUCCGUAGGUCUAAAGCGCUAUUAAUCUAGGAGGUCUAGUACUUUAGUUACCGACAUUUUGAACUUAUCGUAGAGGGCUUUAUACUAGCGCUCGGCCUCCGUACUACGGCGUAACUACGCCUUAGUUUUGCGUGAGAGCUGGGCGGUAUACUAUGCCGCGGCUACGCUACGUAGGUAUUACGGAAUUCCUAGGCGAACCUCCUCUACUAGUACUACCGUAACGUAGUCGCGGAUUGUAUCGAUAAACAUGUUAACGCUACGGUAGUAUGUCUUAUUACCCUAGAUCACGAUGUCGCCUUGUCCGUACUCCUCCCCGAGGUAGGGGUCGAAGAACCUAAGGCGUGUCGGAUUAAAGUGUAUCUUAGUACUACGGCGGCCGACAUUAACGUCCGAUUCUUUACUAUAUAAGCUUUCGGCCCGGCCGCGGCGGUCCUUUCGGCGCCUAUAAGUUCGACGACGGCGUCGGCGAUAGUCUCCCUUACUAGAGGGAUCGUCGCUCGGGGACUCGUUACGCUCUCGGCGCCGCUACCGGCGUCGCCGGGCAUAGCGUUCGUCUCGGCGUCGAUCUCGCGAAUCCUCCUCGCUACUAUUACUAUCCGAGGGAUCCGGGUCCCUAUCCUUACCGUAGCGUCGGUAGGUAUAGCGCCUAUACCGGCCGUAUUAGUUGUAUCGGUCGGGUUAAGGAGUACGACUAGCGUACGGGCGGCGAUCCCUACGCCUCUUAGGCGAUAGACGGAGUAAGGAUUCGCGGCGUCGUCUACGCGUAUAGUUAUUAGGGGGCGGACGGAGUAAAGUUUCGCGGCGUCGUCGGCGUAGUUGUCUACGCUAUCCGCGAUCGCGGUACUCGUCCUCGGAGUAUCCCGAAUCCUAUAGCCUGUCGCCCCGUCGCGGAUGUAGGCGGUUAGACGGUUAGCUGUUCGUACUAUUAAUUAGUAGGUUAGCCCGCCUUAAGCGCUUAUACCUCUAAUAGCGUUCGUGUCGAGCUACUAAAUUCAGUCCCGUAGGCGGGCCUCCCGGAGGCUCGCUCGGGGGUGUAGCGGCACCUUAUACUACUGCUUCUACUACUAUAAAGUCUAGCGCCGCCUCGUCGAGCUAGACACCUACUAGAGCAGCCCGCUCCCGAAUACGCUUACGGUCUCUACGAGCUUGUUCGCGUUAGAUAUCCUUACGAGUAACCUUCUCGGUAAGGGGAGUGCUACCUAGCGGUACAUUCGCGUUUCCGUACAUAGCGGGUCGUAGUAGUAUGAACUCCGGGGUGUCUCGAAAGGGUAAACUAGACAGGUCGGACCUGUAGUUAACGAUUACUAACUAUACUAGCGAGGGGGACAAAACCGACUCGGCGUAUACUCUCCUUACUAGGUCGGAGUCGGGUAGAGGGUCGGAACGGCUCCUACUUACCGAGCGCGAACGGAGAGUAGUACCGUACUCUAAGGGGAGCGUAGUUUCUAAGGGGGACGCCUCGCGGGUACGACGAGUAGAGAAGAGUCGGUACCCUAAAUACUUAAGGGCUAAGGAGCUAAGGCGUCGAGAGGGUAACGCUAUAGACGGACGUAGUAGCGAUUCGACCGGUAGACACAGCGAUUGUCCGAUUAGCUCCGGCUGUUAAGGUGGUUUUAGUAAUACUCUACGCGGUAGUAAUACGUUCGGUAGCGGAGUAGGGGCGUCCUAUGUACGAACGGCCUGUACGUAAGCGUCCUAUACGCGAGCGACUUGUUAGUAAGCGUCCUAUACGUGACCUUUCGCUUGCUCCGUAUCUUCUAGGCGAGUACAAAGGGAAAGGUAGUAUUUGUUAGUAAGGACGCCUUGUGUAGACUACUUUAGCUUGUUGACCGCCGCCGUUAGGGCGCUCGGGUUAACGGCCUACUACUAAGGGAAGCGUUCGGUCGAAAGGAUGUCGUUUAGGUAGAGUUUUUCGCGUUAGAGCUUAAAUGUAGGGGAAUCCUUUAGGGUAAUCGAGCAAGGGUACUCGUAAGUAACGAAGUAAGCGAGUAGGUAGGCUUUCUUAUACUUCUUACGGAACCUCGUCGCCCUAGCUUCGUCUACUAAGUACGCCUUAAGAUAUUCGCUAACUAAGAUCGCCUCCGGUAGUAGUUUAGGGAACCCGCGAUUAACGUUAAAUAGGUCGAUUAAGGCUAGAUCGGCGAAGUAGGAGCCGUACUAACUAGGGCGGGUACGGCGAGGGGAAAUUAGUAAGACUCGCUAAGCGAGCUAAUAGUAUAGAGCUUAAGAGUAAUAGACAAGGGAAGUAGAACGGUUAGGGAUCGGAGAGUAGAGAGUAGUUAAGUAGUACUAUACGAGGUAAGCGUAUCGUACGCCCGGGUAAGGCAGGCCUCUCGGUUAAUUAGGCGUUAUUAAUAGUCCCUACGCUAGCUCUUACUUCCCGGCGUAGAGCUGUAAGUACUUACCCUUACUGCCGGUAGUCGUACGCCGUGUCUCCUUCGUAUCUACGUUCCUAAGCCUUCGAGCCGGGAAGAGCUAUACGUACGACGGUAGGAGUAGCGGCGAGUCUACUUUGCUACGACGAGCCCGAGAUUAGGCGGUAUGUCGUAGAGUCGUAAGUACUAGGUAUCCGUCGAGGCGUCGACACUAUGUAUCGUUACGUACGGCGUAGUAGAGGUUCCGAUCCGACACCGUAUAAAUGGUUCGGCGGAAGGUAAGGGCGUUUGACCGGGUUAGGGCGCUAUACGCCGUAGUUCCCCGGUCGUGUAAUGCUCGUAGGCUUGUAGCCGGUAGGCGGUUAGUUUUCUUAGCUACUAGAUUGUUAUGCGCUAGUUACCCCGUACUCGCGGUAAGAAGUAAGCGCUAAGAAGUAGUAUAAUAAUGUUAAUAGCGUGUCUAUCUCCUAACGCUAUCUACUAAGUAGGUACGGGGCGUGUAGCUAUGCCGCCCUACCCCUGCCUCUACUAGGGUAAGCUGCCUAGGUCCUAUACACCGUGAUAGUAGCCCGAUAACGACGAAGAAAGGACCGAUAGAUACCGACUUCUACCUAUACUAGAGGAGCUACGUAGACUCGAGCUACCUAUACUAGUUAGCGAGGAAGAGUUAGACAAGGAAAAUCUAACGCCCGAGGAAGAAUAAGACAGCGAGGAAGAAGGUAACGAACAGCUACCUUAGCUUCCGGAAGAACUAGAGAUACUAGAAUCCUCGGAAGAAAGCGAUAUUAUAGAGGAAGACGACGAUAGAGAAAUUAUAACCUUUACGGUAGACGCCCUAAGACAAGUAUAGGAACUCGUAAUCGCAAUCGCGCGAAGUAACGAGAAAGUAUUUCUAAAGAUUAAAGGAAAACGAUACCUUAACUCUAUCUAAUUCGAUAAUAUACUUUCUAGGAUACGUUUUCUCGCCUAGAAAUACCUACGAAUAGAGGUAGAGGAAGACUUUAGACGAAUUAUCUAGGAGAAACCCCUAAUUAGAAGCGUUAUAACACCCUACGGGUAUCUUAUACCGAAUAACGAAGUCGUUACCUAAGAAAUACGGGCCUAGAUACGACGCUACGUAGAAGCAUUCGCCUAGGCAUAAUACGUACAAAAUCGCUAGGUAUAUAACAAAUUACCGGCUAAGUAAUAGAUAGCCGAGGACCUCUAUAAAACGAGAAGAAAGAUCCGAUAGUAGCUCGAAUAACGCCGCUCGGGAAAAGGAUUAACUCUCUAGGAAUAAGCGACCGAAGAGAGUUUAAUAUCGUAACGAAUGCUUAAGCAUUAAUAGUAGUCUUCCGUACGGAAGUAAUCGUUAACGGCCGUAAGACAUGUACGCUAGUUAAUUUAGGCGCUAGCGGGACAUUUGCCUCUAAAUUAUUUAUAAAAAGAUCCGGGAUCGCAACCCGAAGGAAGAAAGACAGAGAGUAUAAACUCGUUAUAGUAGAUAGGUUACCCCUACCGAGUGUAGAACGAGAGACGAUACCGUUACUACUAGCAAUCUAACAGUACUACGAGGAACUAACGUUCGACGUUACUAAGAUAGCUACUUAUAAUAUCGUACUCGGAAUACCUUAGUUAAGAAAGCAUAACCUAUCGAUCGACUAGAAAGGAGGAGUACUUAGAUUUAAGCGAUACGAUUGCACGAUCGACAUCUACCCUACGUAGCGGUAGCGUUCGCUAGUAGAUAAGUUAAGACAACUUAGUACGACGUAGUUUACGACGACCGGAAUCUAGAGACUGGAACUAACUCGGAUAGGCACUAACUAGGGUUAGAAGGGCUAAGAAGUCACGAGUAAUAGUAGAAUUCGUAUACUACCUAAUAUCUCUAAAGAGUAUAGCGGGUAUAAGAGACUCUUUUAGGAAGAGGAAGGGAAAGACGCCCUACCUAAGUAUAGACUAUAGGAUUAUAAGAUUAAUAUUUAGCUAGGGAAGUAGCCUCUAUAGGGACCUAUCUAUCCGCUAUUAGAAAAAGAGCUAAAAUCCCUUAAUUAAUAGCUAAAGGAGAAACUAGCGAAGGGAUAGAUCCGGAAAUCUACUUUAAGCGUAGGAUCUCUAAUUCUCUUCGUACUAAAAGUAGGAACCGACAAACUACGACUAGUUAUCGAUUAUCGGAGACUAAAUAAAGUCACAAUUAAGAAUAGGUAUCUAUUACCUAGUAUCGAAGAAGCAUAAGACCGCCUUACUAGAGUAGACUAGUUUACGAAGAUCGACCUACGGGAAGCGUUCUUCUCGAUUAGAAUAGUACCCGGAGAAGAAUAGAAAACCGUAUUUAGAACGAGAUACGGACUCUACGAAUUUCUCGUUAUGCCUAUAGGACUUACGAACGUACCUACAUUAUAACAGGACCUUAUUAACAAAACGCUCCGAGACCUCCUCGACGUUUACGUUAUAUACUACGUAGACGACAUUCUAGUCUAUACGAAAGGUUUACUACAAAAGCACGUAUUACAAGUCUAGGAAGUAUUUAAACGACUUAGCGCUACCGACUUUAAGACAGCGCCUAAGAAAUGCGAAUUCUAUAAGAAGGAAGUUAAAUUCCUAGGAUUUAUUAUUAGUACGUAAGGAAUCCGAAUCGAUCUAAAGAAGACUAAGUCUAUCGAAGAAUAGCUAUAACUAUAGAACGUUAAGGACGUACAAUCGUUCUUAGGCCUAGCGAACUAUAAUAGAAAGUUUAUCUAGGAUUACUCGAAGAUAGCGAAACCUCUUACGGAGCUUACCUAAAAGGACAAGAAAUAGGAAUAGAGCACACGAUAAUAAUAAGUAUUCGAGAGACUAAAAGGACAAUACGCUUUAGUACUAACGCUACGACUGUUCGAUAGGACGAAGCCCGUAUAGAUCGAAACCGAUAUAUUAGACAUAGCUAUAGGAGUAUGCCUUAUAUAGAAGCAUAAUAGGAAACGACACCUAGUAGCCUACUACUUAAGAAAGAUAACGCCUAUAGAAGAGAACUACGACAUCUAUAAUAAGGAACUACUUGCAAUCGUUAUAGUAUUAUAGUACUAGAGAGUCUACGCGGAAGGAGUACUAGGACUAACGAUUCUUUCUAAUUAUAAGAAUCUUACCCACUUUACUACGACAAAGUCGCUAACACGUAGGCAGGUCCGCUAGUCGGAACUGCUCGGUUAGUAUAAGUUUAAUAUCCGUUAUACUCUAGGACGCGACAAUAGUCGAGCCGACGUACUAAGCCGAUAUAGCGACUAUAUAGAAGGAAAGGAACAAGUGUAGUACAACAUACUUAGAACAAACUAAGACGGGAGUCUAAGCGCUAAUACGAAGGAAUUUAAUAACAUUAUCUAGGUUCUUUAAGACAACGAAGAACAAUUCCUAAUCUAAUAAGGGAAAUAUUAGGUACUAAAGGAUCGCGAGGAAGAAUGCAUUCGAUAACAUUACGAUAACCUAGAGUACGGACAUCUAGGAGUUACGAAGACAAUAGAACUAGUCUAGCGAAGUUUUAGCUUUCUAUACAUAAGGUACCGAAUCGUAGUAUAUAUUAAGAAGUGCGUAAUAUACAAUUAGAAUAAGGCCUUAAGACACGCUAAAUACGGACAUAUCUAGUUUAGAACUCUACCUACUUAACUAUAGGACGAAGUUAUAAUAGACUUUAUCGUUAAACUACUACCCUCGAAGGACAAGGUUAACGGAGUCACCUACGACAUAAUCUUAGUUAUAGUAGAUCGACUAACGAAAUAUAUACACUUUAUUCCUAUAACGGAAAAGGCUAGCGUAGAGCAACUCGGAUACCUUAUACUAGACAGACUAGUACGAUACUACGGCAUCCUAGAAGUGUUUAUUAUAGACAGAGACAAGCUAUUUACUUCGAACUACUAGAAAACACUUAUAGUAACAAUCGGGAUACGCUAUAAGCUGUCUAUAGCCUAUUACCUAUAGACAGACGGCUAGACAGAAAGAACGAACUAAACACUAGAACAAUACCUUCGACACUAUAUAAAUACUAUAUAAGACAAUUAGGUAACACUCUUACUAAUAGCGUAGCUUAUACUAAACAACUAUCGUUCCGAAACUACUAGAUAUAUACUAUUCUUUACUAACUUUAGGAAGAAUCCGAAGACGUUUAGAUUAUAAUAAGACUAAAUGAGACUACACCCUAAUACGGAAAAGGUAAUAAUCGCUUUAGAAGACCUAAAACGGGUGCAUAACUAGUUAUAAUCCGUAAUCUAAGACACUUAGGACCGGAUUUUAGGGCUAUAUAAUAAGAAGAGAAAAAUAGCGCCUUAGCUAAAGAAGGGGGAUAAGGUCUACCUCCUUACUAAGAACUUAAGAAGUCGGAAACUAACAAAGAAACUAGACUACGUUAAAGUCGGGCUAUUUUUAGUUAAAGAAGCCCGAGGACUAGUAAACUACCGACUUAAAUUACCGGUAGAUACGAAGAUUUAUCCCGUGUUCUAUAUCUCUCUUUUAGAACUAGCCGACGCCGAGACACCUUACUAGGAAACAUUUUUAUAUAUACUAGAAGAAGAAAACGAAUUCGAAGUCGAGAAAAUCCUAAAGAAGAAGGGUUAGCGAUACCUUAUUAAAUAGAAAGGAUACGACGAAUUAGAAAAUACCUAGGAACUAAAAAGCAACCUUACGAACUACUACUAACUUCUCCGGCAAUUCCACUAUACGGAUCCUAAAAGAAAUCGGAACAACUACUAAUAAGCGCCUAGUCGUUAGGAGGCAUCUCGAGAAUCUCGUAAUACUCGGUUAGCUCGACAACCUCUACGCUAGACGAGUCCUCGAUAGAGAGGAAGCGGGCUUCGACCGCCUUAGCCUCCUCUAACUCGUCUAACUCUUCGGCUACUAUAGUAUCCGUUCGACGCUCGGCGACGCGUAGUUGUUUCCUUAGCCGCACCUUACGUACUUUUAACUUUAUCUUCUCCUUCUCGAUCUUCUCGAUCUCUAGACAAAGCUUCUCCCUAGUAUCGCGGAGCUUUUUCUACUAAGGAUAGAAGACGCGUACGUCGUAGUCCUUGUACCCUUUCCGGAUGCACUUAGAACACUUACCGGAUCGCAGACCUACGAUACACUUAGGACGAUCGGGAAGAGGGUACCGGACUUUUCUAUAGUUUAAAUAAGGAGCUAUUUCGAUACCGCUUACUUCGGUUUCCGUAGCGAGCUUCUUUCGACAAGUAGAGGAAGAAGAAGAUAUCGUUACCUUACGGAAGACGAGGGACGUUAUACUCGUUAUAACUACGGAAGCUUUAGGACGAAGCUAGGCUAGAAGGGGGAUAGUAUUACGAGUUAAUUAGACUGUUACCUAUAGCUACGACUAAUUAAGGCAGACAUAGUAGAGUACUAACUAGGUAGUUAGUAAAGAGUAAUUAGUAUAAUUAGUCUACUUAGUAAUUAGUUUAAUUAGUCUGCUUAGUAAUCAGUUUAAUUAGUCUACUUAGUAAUUAGUUUAAUCAGUUUACCUACCGUAGAUAGAAGUAUAUAGGAACACUAAGAAUGCCUCUAGCUUUCGGUAUGUUUAACUUACUAUAGUAUCUUACUACUUAGAAUACAAUCCCUUAAGUUACUAUACUACUCUAUCGCUUUACUCUUCCUCUACUAGACCUCUCUACUAACGAGCCUAAUACCGAUUAAGCCUUAUACAAGUGAUCCUUAUACAUUAUAAGAUUAUUAAGUCACAGACUUAAUAGUAGGUAUAAGCUAAGGUCUAUAUAUAGCGAGGCGUAGUUAGCGUAGGAGUAAGAGAGAGGUAACUCUAUAGGUAGGUAGCUAGAGCUACGAGUUACUACGAGUAUAGCUAAAUUAGCUACGAGUACGGUCUAAUUUCGAGCUACUUACCUAGUACUAAUAUAGAAAGCUCUUUAAUUACCUACGGAGCUUACUAUAGCCGUCUAUCCGGUUUAUCUACUACUUAAGAGUAGUACUCGCUAGACUCUUAGAGUUAAUUAGAUACUUACGCUAGGUAGUGUCCUCGAGCUCUAGAUACUCGUAGAGCAAAUCCGGUAUACUACUAAUAUAGCUCUUAAGGUUUUAUACUCGUACCGGGUACCGAUUCUACUCUAAGACAAAGUAACUAACUAUAUAGCGUAUAAUUAGAGUAUAGAUUACGAGGAAGGCGAGUCGAUUAGAUAGCUUAGUAGCCUCGAAAAGGUGUAGGUUAAUAUACUAGUUAAAUAGGUCUCUCUAGCGAUUUAUAGCUAAUUUAGCUAUCUCGCCCUACUAGUACUUAAUAGUCUAAUUACCUUUACUUAUAGUAUAUAAGAAGGCCUUAAUAAAGUCGAUAUUACGGCCCUCGAUAAGCUCUCGAAGCCGUAGAUAGGCGUCUACUAGUAUAGGUGUCUCGAUACCUUAAUUAGAGCGGACUCGCUAAGGGACUCGCUAGAUAUAGUUAAUUAUAGUAUAGUACUACGAAAACACUAAGUACUUUGUCUUUACUAUUAGGCUAACGUAGAACUAGAUAAUCCGGCGUAAGUAGACGUUAAUAUAGGCGUAAAUCUAAAUGCCGAAUUGCUCGAUUUUAUAGAAGGUAUUAAUUAACUAGAUAUAGUUAGGCCUAUUAGCUUUUAGUCGUACGUACCGUAGCCUAUUCGGAUAGCGAUUACGUGGUUCGCGAAGCUUAUAUAGUAGAGCGUUAAUUUGCUAUAAAAUCUAGUAGAUACGGUCCCUAGUAGGCAUUAGUAUAGUAAGAAGAGGGCUACGAGUUAGCUACGAGUCGAUUCCCUACCUAUCUAUAAUAUACUAGUAGGUUCUUAACUCUCGUACGAGCUUGCGAUAGCUAAAGUCUUAGGUUUGCCUAUUAAUUAGUACUACUCGAAGUACCUUAUCGACGUAGGUAGUAGCUACUUCUAAUUCCUUAUAUUCUAGUCGACGCUUAAGGCCGUAAGUAUAGCGGAGCUCUUAAUACUACCUUAAAGAGAUAUUAUAGCUAUUAAGCUAUAGUAUAGCAUAGCUCUUCUUAUCGCUAAUAGUAUAUAGCUAGAAUAGCUUAGUAAUCCGCUUAAUUAGUACUACGUUACUACUAUAGUUAAUUCGAGAGCGAGUAAUUACUCUCUAUUACGAUAAGUAUGUCUAUAGAGUUCUAAUACUAUAGCGAAUGCCCUUAGUAUUAUAUAGGCUCUAUACGACUCGCUAGUAAGUAUAUCUAGUAUAAAUCUAAAGCUUAAUCUAGAGCCGAUAGAGCUAUAAAUCGAGGGCCUAAGGUAGUAUAAUAACAAAGUAGACAAUAAAGGACCUAAUAGAUAGAUUGCGAGUCGAUAGCGAGUAUAUUAGUGCCUAACCACUGCGAUUACAGUGUGUGAGAGUGUGGUGGUGCGGUGGCAAAACCGGCAAAACCAUUUUGCGGAUUUGUAAGCUCAGGCCACCGCCCAAAGCCCGUCACAGGGCUAGUGAACUUUCAGCGGACUUAGGAUCAUGUCUCACAUUAUGGCGGAGUCCUUAAGGAGUAUCUCUAACGUAAAAUUUGCUACACAGAGGUCAGCAUCGCCAGAAGUCAAGCGAAGGUCCCAAUCAUACCGAGCAAGAACUUUAUGCCGACCCUCUCCAUCAUCCUGGCGAAAGCAAUGGCAGUUAGCACAAGCGGCGGUACCUCAACGGCAAGGAGGAUGUGACUAAUACCCUAAGCCCCAUGAGGCCGAUCAUCAUCAUUAGCAUCAGCAGGUGGAGGACCAUCCGCAGCCUUCUUCCUCUUCCUCUUGGCGCCCUUCUUACUUGGAGGCUGUGCGGAUUCGAGUUCGGUUCCCGAGAUUGGCGUUCCCAGAGGCUCGCCUUGACAAGGCGCUUGUGGUCGUGGGAGCUUGGCAGACAGCUCAUUCGUGGUAAAGCUUGACGGAAUCGAUCCGGGCACGCAUUUUGCCCAGAUAGCAUCGUAGAGACUGGGUAUAACCCCUCUACAUUUUUUUUGGUUGGGUAGAACCCAUACAACUAUGAAGCUUGAACGGGUCAUCCCGAGCACCUUGGGCAAAAUCCUACGGGCAGGCCUCACUCUUGUCCAUCGAACGCUUCCAUCCACGCACUAGUCCUCCCCAAUGCUACUGUCGCCUUCGAAAACGUCAACAUGAUGAUCAUUACCGACCCGCGCCAUAUCAACACGUUUGGGAUACAGCCGCUGCCGCAGGGAGUGUAGGAGAUGCCGGAAGUCCUUGCCCUUCCUCUCGAAUGGAUAAUACACCCAAUCUCCCGUUACAAAGAACGACCAAAAGGUCGCAUACCUUACUCUACAUUCCAUUCAGAUCGAGAGGGUCCCGCCGAGGUCCAUAUUCGGAUACGAAGCGAUCUGUGUUCAGGAGGUCCGAUAUACUCGGACUGUAAGCUAUCCGAUAUAAAGUACUGUUUGCCAUCCAGCAGGCAUUUGAAGGCGGCAAGGCGCGGUUGCAGGCAAAGAAACUCCACGGCAAGUUGCGUUGGAGUGCGAACCUGCAUAUCUCCGUGGCAACUUGUAAGCUGUAAAGUGUUGUGUCGAGCAGUCCGGAGCGAGCCAUCUGAAUGAGGACGUUGGUAAUGGAUACCAAUCGUCAACACCUUUGUCAAAAGUUUCUCGUAUGGGCCGCUACCAAGGGCGUGAGUCCGGAUGCGCUCGAUGGCAACAGGCAACAGGUAACAGGGACAGAAUCCUAUUGCUUGGCGCCGUCCGACUCGUCGCCGGUACUGGCAUCGUGGUUCAAUGCGUUCGUCUCCUGGUAAUGAUUCGGAAUAACAUGUGUCCAAAUCGGAUCGCUGGCACACGAUAACAUAGGUGCUUUCUCACAGAACAACAACACCCGCACAUGCUGUUUGCCUUCCCUGAUUGUUGGGCCGUAGUCAUGUAAAGCUAGAUCUCGUCCGAGGAAACACGAGCAUAGCUCUGACUUCACCGUAGAGACCCCAAAUCGUUCCAUCCUCAUAUUAGGGUUGUACAGAAAUGACGAGAUGAGAUGUCGAGCUUGAAAGGCUGUUCGACCAUUAGGGUAACACGAUGAAUGUCGGACAAGCACCAGGCAAAUCGCAGCAUUAGAGCGUCCAAAAGAAAGCAGAAUCAGAAGAACGGUAUCAGUCUCACUUGAGAGCUCCAGGAAGACCGUCAAGUCAGCUUCGAAAUGCCAUGCUAUAGGAGAUCGAAGCCGAGUGCUUUCGGGCUGCUUCUGCCACCUCAGUCGCUAUGAUUAUCAUCAAGGGCAGAGUCUUGCGAGAUUUCACUUCGAGCAUCAUCAAAACCCUCAUCUGCGUCCUCCAUGGUAUCGUCUUGAGGCGCUUCUUCCUCCUCGUCGACCUCGUCUUCCACCACUUCUUCAUCAGCGUCGUCUUCGUGGUCGUCUGGGUCGUUCUCGUCACCAGCUUCCUCAUCGUCACCAAGAUCCUCCGCAUCAGGCUCCGCGGCGUGGCCAUUCUCGCCUUUAAGCUUCUUGGCGGGCCUUUCACCAUCUCCGGUCUCUGCGUGGCCAUUUGUAGUGCCGUUGGUCGCCUCUGCCUUGCCACCCUCGCCGACCUGAGCGGUUUCUGCACUCGCACCAUCCUGUGUGGCUUCCGCCGCUGCUUUCUCCUCCUUUACUUUCCGCCGGUAAGUGUUCCGCUUCUCGCAUUGAAUUUCGUUGUAUUCUGGAUCAAGUCAGCUUCUGAAGGAUUUCGGUUGACUUGUAAAAGCACAAAGCGUACUCUUCAGCUCUGCUUCGAGGCGUGGAAGGAAGUUUUCCAGCUCUGCAUCCUUAAGCGCCGCAAUCACGUCUUGCGGUGCUAUAGUCUUCUUUCCGCUGGCUUGAGCAUUAUCAUUAGAACUGUCAAAAAUCAGCCAAAGGAGUCCUUCGAAGUCGUGGCGAAGAGGUCAGGCAUGAAAGAAGACAGGCAAUACUGAUCUCGAAAGGAAUUGUGUAGGACUGGACAGGAGGAGAGAGGACGUACUUUGAGGCGACGUAGCUGACGAAGACCGUUGCGCUUUUGUGUAGAGCUAAUAGCGCAUCCUUGUGUAUCUGUGUGUUGGCAGGUAGAACUCCCUUGGCGAGACGGGCAAUCAUCGACUUGGGCAAGCUGAGGUCCUUGAUGAACAUUAGCAGGUUGAAAUGGAAACGACGGCGACAGGUCUCAGCAUACCUCUACACUCAAGCCGUCCUUUUCUUUGCUCUGCCGUGCCGGUGUCGAUUCUGCCACCUCCUCCGGGCCAUUCGAAGUGGUCGAGACAUUGCUCUUUCGCCCGGGCAUGAUGGCGGUAUUGUGAGCGUCUUGAUUGAGGGGAGUGAUGGUUUCGGAGAUGCAGAUUACGCUGGUCGGUGUGUUGAGGAAGUUGUGUAUAUCUCGAAAUCGAGACUGUGGACGGCCAUCCGAACUUGACAGCGAUGAGACACGUGAGACGCGUCAAAUUGGAGAGGCCUUCGCGCUGGGAGGAGGAACCUUCCCUGUGCACGGGCCACCCUGCUUGCUGUUUCCCUCAGGUCUACUUCCCACGAUCUCCCUUCUCUCCCACCACUUUGUCCCACGACGGGCUUUUCACGAAUCGCCCCCGACUCUCACAGCAAUCACCGUCUACGCGACAGGAUGUAUGUUCUCUCGCCCGAGAGCAUUGUCCCGUAGAAGCACCCCGUCACCGCUCAGCUGACGGCGGUAGUGUGACCUGCAGAGCAGCAUGGGUUCUCCAACCUUUCACGACGAAGAGGAGCUGUAGACUCUUUGGUCCUAGGCAUGCAUGGCAACAUACAGUGGCGCCAUCCUCAUGCCCACUGGAUGUCUGUCUUGGUGACAGGCCAGCUCUGCUGACUCUGCUGUACCCAUGAGGACUGCGCUUGGCUUGCUCCUUCCUCAUCGUAUAGCAAGCUGCCACGCCUUCGCGCAGGUUGGUCCUUGUUUCUGCGUCUCCAGUCUCUCCCACACUCAUCUGCCACUAUGCCUGCUAUGAAGAUCGAAAAACGGAAUACAUGUAGACUAACCCCAGACAUCCGCCAUCAUACCACAUUCUCCGCCAAAUUUCGAUCCAAAUCUCAUCCUCUGCAGCAUGGCGCCCCCGUCAGCAAACACGAGGUCCGAGCUUUCCAAAGACCAGCACCAGAGAUUUGGACAAGCCUGGUCACCGUGCUGUGGUUACAGACUGCAUUGGAGCAGUUACCGGCGUCGCAUCCAAGUCGUGCAUCGCUUCAAAUUCUUCUCGAAGAGGAACCCCUUUCGCCGACAUCGAGCUCUUCCGCUUCUCGAUGCUCCAGCGAAGCUGCUCGUCAAAGGCCUGUACAGUUUGAUCAUCUGCCGGCCGAAGUGAGAAAUAUAAUUUAUUGCCAUCCCGCUGCCGAGAGUAGUCCAAUAUCGCCGGUCCUCCGUAAUUCGUUCCCCGAAAAUGCUCGUACCGAGCCACACCACAUUACAACUGGCUUGCCCGUGCACUCACAGAUCUGUCCGACUUUGCACGCCGGGCUGUUCACAAUGCUUCCCAAAUUCUACGAGACGAAUACAUUCCAAUUGGAUCUCCGUCAGCAGGAAGGGACGUCCAACUUACAUCGGUGGAUUAACGAUCAAAAGGAUGAGACCAGCGCAGCAAGAACGAUCAAGAUCCUACACUAUAGUUGGUACUGGAACUCGUCGGAAGACUGCUGGUCGUACGUCACAGACGCCACUGUACUUACGCUCCUGGCUACCGGCCGCGUCAAGAUCCAAAGAACUACUGGCCAACUGGACCCAGCAGCAUGCAGCUGCGAUAUGAACGACUGGUUCUCGGCGCAAUGCGGUGACUGGACAGCAGACAAGCACUGGUCCAUGGCAGAUUUCGUGCAGGCUCUUCGGCAUGAGCACGGGCUUCUCGUGCAGGCAGUAUCGAAACUCGUCGAGAUCGUUCAGGAACAUGACGAGAGUUUACACGUGUGGAGAAAGGGGCCAAAGGCUUGUAGUCUUUGCGCCAAGCAGAUGAUCUUCUUUCGCACUUUCGACGAUGUCGAGUGGACUUCCGACUAGACUGCGAGACAGGUUGUUCCCAGACGCCAGAAUAAUGCUUACUCCAGGUGCUGUCGAUGGAGUGCCUCCCAACUUACCGUCUUCACGGGACGUCUGGAUUUUGGUUCCUACCCACGCUGAGGGCAAGCCUUCAUAAGACCGCCGGCUUUUAGGACAAUGGACCCAUCCAUCGAUAUUUGAAUAAGAACAAACACCAGGUCAAAUCCUACGAAUUAGAUGUUGAUCUAUUCAAUACGCCCUAGCAAAUAUGUCCUCCUUCAAACAAUCGUCCGGCACCUCAUCAAACCAACGAAUGUCUUAUACUGCAGCCGCGCGAGCCUGGCAGAGAGUUCACCUUGUCCCAGACGUCUCGUACUUCCCUCGCGACCACGUCCAGAACCAAAUACCAUUAGACUUGAGCAGCAACUCGAUACCAUCAGGCUGUUGUACAGCUUCUGGAGAGGAUUCGCAAAAUCACUUUCCUGGACAUCUGAGCCUGCACAACGCUACGCUCCUUUCUCGCCGCAGAGCUCUCUCGCCGCCGCAGAUUUUGGAAGGGAGCGAGUGCAUCCAAUGCGAGAAGCCGCGAGAGCGCACGGAUUCUACCAGUGUCAAGAAUGCUCCCACCGCAAACAAGGAGGACAUGGUGUUCAUUGACUUUGAUACCUUCUGUGAACAGAUGGGAGCCGGAGAACAGCUCGCUUUUGAAAAAUUCAAGACCAAGGCCGAAGGUCCACAACGGAGUCCGGAGGUCCCCAUCGACAAUAGGCCCACCCCUCUCCGGGACAUGAUAUACGAUGGUAUUCGAAGCUGCAUGUCAUGCAGCAAGAACGAUGCCUGUGAAGAAGACAUAGCGACUAUCGACCUUGACCACGAAGAACUCGUGCUGGUGACCAAAGCGGGACGGGAGUGCAAGCGUGCGAGGCCAGAGCCGGUUAGUCUUCCUCCGAUCUGGUGCGAAAUCUGUGAUACGCGGCUGGAGAAGUGCACAAACACGACAUUCCUUCGGCACUGCGUGGACGCCAACAAUCGACGCUUUCAACCUGCCUACAGGAGGAAUGCCCCGACACGGAGACACGGCGUUGUGAGCAGACCGAUGUCGGGAAGAACGGGGACGAGGCGACGGACGAUUGUGUCGGGCUCAAAGAGGGACUCUGCCAUGUUGUAGUCGGGUGACUUUGGCAUCCCUGGCCGUCUGCCAAAAUGAAUGAGGCGAUAGGUCAUCACGGAAUUACCGUGCGUGCGGCCGUGCUCCGUCAUCGACUUCAUGUUCAUUAGCUAAGUUUUCUGUUUCAGAAGGUCGUAGAAGCAGUCUUACACUGUGCUGCACAAUCCUCUGUUCUCCAAUCUCCUUCCUCGCAGUCGAUCCCCCCCUUGCUCAGUCGCAUUGCCCAAGAGCGUUGGGUGGGCGCAACGGAUGCCCAAGGGCGACAGCAUUGUCGCUUCCUCUAGCGGUCCUUCACAAGGAAUGGCUUGCCUGAGUUCCAUAUCAACCCAAUCUUUAACCUUGGAUAAUUGCCCUCUUCAUCACCUCCUCAACGCACUGGGCGCCAGACCGGGCACACCACUAUACCGCUCCUCGCGCUCCGUCUUGAAAUUGAUCUGAAUCCAGAACUGCUUGCCAUCCCCAUCAAACCACGUCCAGAACUUAUCCUCCCGCCGAUCCACCUCCCGCGCCUGGAUCUUGAAGCCACACGUCUCGUACGGCUCCGCGGCCACCAGCAGGUACUGAAACGCCUUGUCCGGCGGAUCCUCCACCUUCUGCUCGUACGCGCUCAUGAAGCGCACCUUGGGCUCCACGCCCUGCGCAAUCUCCGGGUACUGCAGGGCGAAGAGCAGGCCUUCCUGCUUCGUGAUGGGGUCGCGCGUCUUGGUGACCGAGUAGCCCGGGCGUCCGAUCUUGACCACGUUGCGCUUGACCUGCACCGCGUUGGCGCCCGUGUAGCCUUCCUCCUGCUUCUUGCCGAGCUGGGCGUCUUUGGCCGCGCGCCGGGCGAGGUUCGUCUGGUGCUUGCGGCCUUGCGUGUGCGCGAGGUAGGAGCCGUCGUUCUGGUGCACCGUGAGGCAGAGGCGGCAUUCGAAGCUGCCCACGUGGUUCUUGAAGAAGUAGGGGUCCUUGUCGAGGUCGAUGGUCUCGAGGGCGAGCUUGCGCAGGCGCUCGCGGCGGUCGGCGUUGAUGCUCGACUGUGACGCGACGCCGCCGCCGCCGAAUUUGGAGCCGGCGCGAUUUUGGUAGUCCAUUUUGGCGGUGUUGUUGUGUGAUGGAUGGUCGUACCUAGUGAUGUGGAAGGUAGGUUGCGGAGUGCAAGAAGAAGAAGAAGAAGGUGGAGAUCCCAAGUUGCGUGCGCCACAGCAGCCAAUUUUUGGCGCCACACUUUUGACCGACCGCAGGUGAAUCCCACCACCUCCACAUUGGCAUCACUCUCACACAUGGACCAUCGAAAAACAACCUACCAACGAUAUUCAUCCCGCCUCAGCUCUGUCGACUCCAACGAGGCCCUACUACUAGAAAACAUAGCCGUGAGACCUUGUCAAUAGGAAGUGGCCAGCCAGCAGCAGCUGCAUUACGAAAAGGCCUGGAAGGGAAAGGACUCAUCUCAUUCCAAAUGCGAGUGGUAAAAUAUUACAUUAAGCUAUUUUCUCCGGCUCAGACAUGACUGUCCUCGGUACUUGACCGGCAGAUGCUCCUAUUCCCAUGAUGCCUGCAAGGAAAAUGUAUCACGCCUAAGGUACAUCAACAGAUCUCAAUAUGUACAUCCCCACGGCGUCAACAGCACUUUGACGCAGUGGCACCUCCUCAUCAUCCCAGCUCAUACCUCCCGAAUACCUUAUCUCCAUCCCGUCGCCAACCAUCGUCUCCAUAAUCAGAACUUCCAUCUCGACGACGGGGCGCGCGCGAAGGUCCUUUGCCAGUAAAGUCAAACCCGGAGAUUUCCGUGUACGAGGGAUAAUGCACAAUCGUCUCCUGCGAUCGAUCGCGGUAUCGGGGAGAAGGCGAUCUGGGACUCUGUCCCUGUAUCAGAGGUGAGAUUCCGGGAGACCGCGCCGACUCGUCCGGGAGAUGCACCAUCGGCGACAGUCUCUGGUCUCGGAAUCGGGAAUUGGCCGUGGGCAGUUUGAGGUCCACUGGUCUUCGAUCCCGAUAGCUCGGAUAGUAUGGAGGUGUGAUGGGCGCGAGUACGUCGCGUGAUUCUCCUUGUGACUCCGUGCGCGAUGCGAACAUGUCCGAUGAGCUCGUCGUGGGACUGUGCAUCACGACUAGGGGUCUUGGGGUAGUUGCUCGAGGGGUCACGUCUCCGUCACUAGCCCUGGGAGACCACAAUCUGUCGACCACCUGAGACGACGGUACCAGGCUUGGAGUCGAGUCGAGUUCUGCGGGACGAGCGUUGCCUCUGAGCUCUGCUGAUCGCACAUUAUCUCUACUCCGCGAGGAAAAGAGGCGACGGGUCCGCAAUCUGUCGACGGAUCGUCUGGAUGGGUUAAAACUUGCAUAACUCGAUGGGGUACCGUCCGCUUGGCGGGUCGGACCACUAUGGUCGGGAAUGAUCGGUCCCGGAGCUGCUUCGUCCUCGUCCUCGUCCUCGUCUUGUUCGUGGUCCGCGUCUUGGGUCAGGCCUUCUUCCUCCUCUGGCUGGCUUGACGUCUCCGGGUUCGCCCGCAUUCCUCCGCGUAUCCGAUCUCUUGGAGGCUCCUCGGCCAUUGAUGCGAUCGAGUACCUCACGGGUUUGAAGUAGCUACCAGUUGUAUUCUUCCUCCGCCACAGCAUCCAAAAGACCGUCGACAUCAGCCCCAAGGCGAUCAAGAUCAAGAACGCGCCCAUCGCUCCCGCUAUUAAUUUCUCGCUAGGGCCAUGGUGAUGCGCGGAUCGAUGGCUUGGGACUGGCAUAGGCGUCGAGCUCGACGAAGUCGAUGCGGACGAUGAGGUUGUGGUUACGCGUGAUGUCGGCGUUGAAGUUGUCCUCGUCCAGGGCAGUAUCGGGGUCGGCCAGACACCAGGCUCUACGCCGAGAGUGGCUCCGUUGAUCACGACACUAUUCGGCUGAGGAGGCAAUGCACCCGGUGUCGGUGAAGCGUCCGGAUAGUGGGCAGCAAGAGCUUGUGCAGCCGCCCAAACAGCCAGCGGCAGAUCCGACUGUACCGCAGAGGGCAGUGGUUGUUGCUUCGCCACCGAAAACGACUGCACGGCGUUGGGGUCCGAGUCGGGCUUCAGCGUGAGGGAAGCAGCCAACGCAGCAGCGGUCGCGGCGACAAUGCUCGAUGCCACAAGAGUGAAAGCGGCCAGCUGAAGCAUUUGGGAAAGGGUGAGGAAAGGGUCUCGCGGUGCGGUAGUGAUUACAUCCCAACAAUAGUAUUACCCUCGGUGCAUCUCCCCAACGGUCCGUCAGUCUGUCUUGCUCAAAUCACGGCCCAUCUAUCUGGGGGUUUCAAGGGAGCGAGCGAAAGAACGAAUUGUGUCUCCAGCAAGGCAAAAAAGAAGAACAAGGUGGCGAAGGAUGAGACUUGUUCCCAUCUUGGGCCCCUCCCCCUCCCAUUCCCCCAACUGUCCAAGCGCCCAAAAAGAGAGCAGCCGGGCGAAAUGUGAUGCAGGAGCUUCAUCUCAAGCGCCAGAAAAAAGCUAUAGCGAUCGAAAGCGAGAUGGGUGAUAUGGGAUUGCAAGAUCCAGGCUCUGGCCUGCCAAAAAAAAUUGAGCAGGAUGGAAACAGCCCCCGUCGUGCCGUCGUCAGAAGUUCGUUCCCGGUUUCUGCGUGUGGGCCCAAGAUUCUUCCUUGAAGGGGGACGCCAUUGUAUCGUCUUGCGGGCGCGAGCAUGCUCGUCAGUCAGUCAGUCAGUCAGUCUGGCGGUACUGGAAAUAGAAAUAGAAAAAGUCAUCAUCGGAUGGCUGUGGAGGUAAUGAUGAUGAUGAUGAUGAUGAUGGAGCCUUGCUUGCCUUGCUUUGCGCUCUGCAUUGUGCGGUCGGCAUAUAGGGUAAUGCUUGUAAUAAUAUUAACAGUAUCGACGAGCCCCCAGCCGGCCGGCAUGCAUGUCACGCGUCCCUGAUGACCACCAGCAGUUGAGCACCUGCCGAUAUCCGUCGCUCCCGUCCAGUCUCCGACACAAAGCUCAUCUGGCAUCGACUACGGCCGUGAUCGUGGCUCGAAUCGAAUAUUGAAGAUGGAUGACGAGGUUUCAAGGUCAUCCCGUGGUUGUAUGGGAGGAGGUGCCUUCCACGAUCGAGAGAAGCUGGCAGGGGAGGAUCUGAAGCUCGAUAAGGUAAUGAAUGUGUCGACUGCACAUCGUCAUACACACAAGUUCACUCACUACUUCCAAAGCCCGCCCGCCGUAGGGCGUCUAGUAACUAAGGUACCAAGAUCGAUUCGCCGAUGCCACGCCGGACAUGGCCAUUAAAGUGCUCCGUCGGAUGCAGAUGCUGCUCGCUAAAUCGCAACAAAAACAAGAAAGACCUCCUGUUCCCAUACUGUACAAGUUGACCAUUUCCUUCCCAAAGCGCCCUUGCUGUCGUAGGUAUUAAUGAUGAAAAAUGAUUGUCGGGUGUGAAGUAAUUCCACGUCUCCUCGCAAGCGCUCAUCCCGGUCUACCGUGGCACGAACAAGGCCUCCGCUUUCUCUCUCUCUUCUAUGAUCAGAUUCUGGAGCUUGCGCAUCUGCACGAGUGCUGCGUCACGCUCCGUCUGGAGAUCGGCGACUUCCAUCUGGCUCUUGUUGACUCUCUGAACGACGACUUGCAUGUCCUCCUCGGCCUCUCGGAGCAGGCCUUCCAACUCGCGCACUUUGCGCUCCAGCAUCUGUGUUCGGCUCGCCUCUAGCAAGCUGGUCUCACUGAGCUUCUUGCUCCCAAGCUUUGGACUCUUCUUCAACAACGGUGAUGCCGGUCCGAGUUUGAGUUUGUGGGGCUCUGGAAUCGAGACUACGAGCCUUUGCAGCUGCGGCGAGGACGCGUCCUCAAUACGUCGAACUUCGGCGUCAUGGUUGGCCAGUGUCGUCUCCGAGUGCUGUUGCGCAGCGAGUACGCUAUCUUCCAUGCCGGCUAAGCGACGUUGCAUCUCUUCAAUCUGGCGAGUCGAGUCCUUCUGUUCCCGCUCACCCUUUGCAACCGCCGUCGAAAGUCGAUCCCUGAGUUGUGUGUUCGCUUGGACCUGUCGUUCGAGCUGCUCUGCGAGCUCCUCCAUUCGCUUCGCCGAGUUCAUCAGCUCCGAAGCACUGCUGCUAUCACUUGCGGCCUGGGCUUUCUGGCGGUACUCUGUGGCCACCUGGCGCGCGUGAUCUCUUUCAUUCUCCGCACGUGAGAUGCUUAGCUUGAGCUCCUCGUCCUCUUCGUUUUCCGUUCCAGAGUAGCCGGAGAUGGAAUGGCUGCGUUCGCUCGGCGCAUCAAUGUCCUUUUCCUGAAGCAUGAUUCGUAGGCCUCGGGUCUCCUGCUCUGCACGGUCCAAAUCCAUCUUCAAUCCUGACAAAUUCUUCUCAUACUGCCACUUCUGCUCGAGAGCAUCCUCUGUGCGUUUGCGAAGGGUCGUGACCUCCUCCUUGAGGAAAGAAACCUCUUUGGAAUAUGCUGUGCGUUUGGGCGAAAUUUGCUCGGCUCGGUCCCUCGCAACGCUCAGCUUCUUGACUGCCCGCUCGUGCUCCUUCUGUUGCCUCUCGUAUCUCUUAAUCAGCAACUUGAGAGCCUUGUGCAGUGCGUCACGCUGAUCCUCGAUUUCUCGGACGCCAUCGGGAUAGCCCACACUCGUAGAUCCAGCGCGCGGGCGGCCACCCUCCUUUUGAUUGACAGAGCCACCACGCCGCAAGCUCGAGCUCCUGGCCAGCGAACCACCCCUGGUCAGGCUGAUCCGCGCCGGAUUGAUGGCGGAAGCCACGCCUUCUUCGGCGAUGCUAUUGAAUCUGGAAUGAUUGUCAUCGCGCAACGCCGCAAGUUCCUGCUGCAAGCGUGUGUUUUCGUACAUGAGUGUUUGGUUGUCAGCGGCCUCGGUCUCCAGGCCCUCGACGCGAGCCCUCAGCUGUGGAACAACCUCGUUUCGCAGAUUGUCAGCCUCAUUCCUCAGUUUCUCCAGUUCCUCCCUCGUGGCACUGUAGAGAUCCUCCACGCUCUCCUUGGUCAUCUUCUCCUGUCCCAGACGUCUCCUAGUCUCAUCUAGGAUGGAUUCCAACUCCUCAAGCUUCCCCCGUUGGCCCUGUUCUGCUUUCCCUCGAUCUAGCUGAUCUUCGAGAGUCUGUACAAGUUCUUCGAGAUCCCUCCUUCUGCUGAGCUCCGUCUGUAGCCGCGAAGCGGCCUCGACCUUGAGGUUGGCUUUCUCUUGCUCAACUUUUCGUACUUGUUUCUCUAGCUGCUCCAACUUGGCGUCCACGUCAGUGAUUGGAAAUUUUGUUGAACUAGCACCGCUGUCCGAGAAAUAGUCACUACUCCUCCGAAGACUAAGAUCUGAAGGUGGUAGCAUCGGAAGCUCUGCUCGUAUACGAUCCAGUUCGUCUUCCAGCUCCAUCUCCCUUCGAAUCGAGCCCGCCAAUUCUUGGCUGAUGUGUGAAAGCUCCCGUUCAAGUUCCAUAACAUGAGCGUUGUUCGCGCCCAGGAGCAGCGGAGUCUGAGGGUUCUCGAAGUAGCCAAUGCCUCCAUUGGCUUUUUGAAUGUCGAGCGUCGGCGGCGUGAGUCGCGCCGAAGCGCGUCUCCCAUCCUCCAUCGGCAAAGUCUUGAUGUGGCGAGGAGAGGGCACUGGGGAGAGAGAGCGUUCUGAGAAAGUGGUCGUGGGCGACGAUUCGCCCUCGAGCUUUUGCGGCGUCUUCCAGCCGAAGAAUGAACCCAGGCCACCGGCGGUGGGUUUGGUAGCUUUGGCCGUAGCUUCACCCAUGGACUCGUCCGUCCCAACUCGUUGCACGGGACCUAUCGCAUCCAUGUGUAGGGCAGGUGCCUUUUGAAAUGCAAGCAUCGAUGACCGACUUUCUGGGUAUUGACCAACAGGAUCUAUAGGCGAAGUCGGAUGGUGUGGCGCGUGAGUAGCAGGGGGUCGGUGAGCAUGCUUUGCGUGUACGGACUGAUCGGGGUGUUGCGGACUGCUGCUGUAUGCGGAAGAGGGUACGCUGCUGGGGAUUCGUGAAUCAAUGGAGUCGUCCCGACCAUGCGAAGUGGCAUGGAUCGAAUACGAGGUCCUAGGACAUGUCUUAGUUAUUUGCCCUCGGGGCUGUCGAGGCGAUAGCUUCUCACCUAUCGUGAGGAUCUUCCCGCUCUUCGUCCAACUGAGUGGGAGCAAGCCCCGAGUGUUGGCGGUGUAAAUGAAAUUGCUGCGACUGUUGCGGCCGAGGACUGCCCAGGGACAGAGGCCUCGAGGUCGGGUCGGCAAGCCGAGGCGAGGACUUCUCGGUGAGGGAGAAGGAGACGGCACGCGGUGAGGACUGGCCGUGGAAUGCGGCGUAUGGCGGCUGCCGGACGGCGCUGGGAAGGUUGGAUCGGAAUGUCGAGAAUGAAGGAACGUUGAUGGCAGCAAGGGAGGCCUUCUUCUUCGCGUUCUUCGCAGGUGGAGGCGGAGGCGGAGGCGGAGGCGGAGGUGAUGGGUGGUGGUGGUGAAGUUGCUGCGAGGAUGCGUGAGGGUGAUUAUGAUUACUGGCAGUAGAGACAGAGUCCGAGGGCAGGUGGUCGGCGUAGUGGGAAAGGCAGUCGUCGUGGUAGUAGGAGUCCGCCAGGGACGAGGAGUGGGAGGCAGAAGAGAGGCGGUGGGAGUGCGCCAUGGUGGGUUCGUAUCUUUAAGACGGGUCUUGUCUAGACUGGCGGGAGUUCCUAGGACAGGACAGCACAGGCCGGGUGCUCGCCCACUUUGGCGUGGUGGUGGAGGAGGAGGAGGGAGGGUGCAGUGCCAGUGCUGGUGCUGGUGGCUGGUGCUGGCUGCUAGCUGCUGGCUGCUGCUAACUGCUGGCUGGUGGUUGGUGCCUGGGGUGCAAGCGAUCGUUCGCGCGUUGGAGCCAACCCACGCCCGAAACGGCGCACAGCGCACCGCGCACAGGCAAAGGCGGAAGAGGAGACAGGCGGCGCGGGAUGCUGUCGUUGGUGUCGCGAGGGACGAUUGGUUCAGAUGGGUGCGGUGAGGGUGUGAUAGACAGGGCCUGGCAGGCGAGCGCAAGGCCGUUGGAUGGCGAGGGGAGGGAAGGAGGGCUCGAGCCUCCGGCAGACUCGUGCGAAGAGGCGCGAAUGGAUCGCUGGUUGUCGGCGCUUGCAGGCCCACGAUUCUACGCGCAUGCACAGUGGGUUUCGUUCAUCCUCUUCCGGUGUAUUGUGUAUGGGUGGGUGGUGAUGUACAUACAACCUUGCAGCAUGAGUGGCUCUCGGGCUGUGUGUCCUUCGCUUCCAUUUCCGUGCGGCGGCAAAGAGGGAGAGGCUAGUCCCGGGCCCGCACCUCCGUGACUACCUUACGGGACCUCGGGAAUGGCCGCACGGCACACGGCACACGGCACACGGCACACGGCACACGGCCCAGGGGAAAGUGACAAACACUCCACCAUUCCCUAUCUGUAGCCACCAGCCGUAAGCCUCUCCCCUCCCGGCUCUCCCAUUUCAUUUGUUUGCUCCUCGGAACCUGCUUGCGUUUCAUCUCGACUAAUCUGUACAUCGCCAUGUACACGUGAAUCUCCUCCCCCAACGGCGUGCACGCCAUUCGAGACCCUGAGGGGUAGGGAGCGACCUCCUAUCACAUCUCCCCCUCUCCCGAAAUCACCCCCGUCCUUUUGCGUCGUCAUCACUACUCUUCCCAACUCAGUACAAUGCCCUUUCCACUACACACUCCUCCUUUAUUCUACUGCUUUCCGUCCAGGUCGGCGUAGAAGUUCCACCCGAAGCCUCCGCUGGGAUCGUUGAACCGGAACUUCUUGUCCAGCCCAUCAAUCUUCUUGACGUCGUCCGCCUCCAGCUUGAAGUCGCUGUCCAAGUUCUGCUGGAUCCGCUUCUCAGUCUUGCUCUUCGGGAUCACCGAGCGUCCUGCGGUCCGUUAGCGCUAUCCAGGACUCCAUCAGCCUCGCUACUACUACUCACCAUGCGCGAUGCCCCAAGCCAACGCUACCUGUGCGCCAGAUUUGUUGUACUUCUUGCCAAUCUCGCUCAACGUCGGCUCGUCAAUCAACUUGCCGAGCUCUUCCCCCUUGGUGUAGAUGGUGUUCUGGUUGCCGAACGGAGAGUACUGUUCGACACGGUGUCAGCUCACAUGACAAGGUCACUUGCUUCCAUUAUUCCCCACGCUGCCUACCUGCGUGAUGUGGAUGCCCUUCUCCUUGUGCCAUGCAUCGAAGCCCGCCUGUUGGAGCCAAGGGUGCAUCUCGAGCUGGUGCGCAGCAGGAAUAAUGCUGGCCUCCUUGCACAACCUCUCCAUCUCUGCCUUGGAAAAGUUGGACACACCGAUGGCUCGGGCCUUGCCUUUCUUCUGGCAUGCCUCCAUCGCCUUGUACGUGUCGACGUAGUCGGCGCUUCCCGUCAUCGUCUUCCCAUCCUUGUCCUUGGGAAACAGCUCAUCGCCGGCCUUGAACGGGCUCGGCCAGUGCAUGAGGUAGAGGUCGACGUAAUCGGUGCCCAGGUCCUUCAGGCUGGCGUCGAGCUGCUUCUCCACAUCCUGAGGCUCAUGCGCGUUGUUCCACAGCUCUUCAUCAUCAAUCUGUCAGAGUCGUCCGCUUCGAGUGAGGGCUUCUAAUAACACGUACUGGUCACGAGGAAGAUCUGGUCGCGGGGAACGCCAGACUUGCGGAUGCCAGCACCCACCGCUGGCUCCGUGCCGUAGAUUCGUGCCUGCGAGACGUAUGAGCUUCCGACUCUAUGCGGAUGGAGGCAUGCCGACGUACCGUGUCGAUGUGGCGAUAUCCCGCCUUCAAUGCCGUGUAGACCGCUUCUUCUUGAGCGUCCUUGUCUUGCCAGGUGCCAAAUCUACACAGGUUUUGUCAACCUCCCAUCAUCAGAGUUCCCGACUAUCUUGAUUCUUUACCCAAUGGCAGGAAUACUGGCUCCUGUGUUGAGCUUGUGCUGGGUCGUCGAAGCCAUUCUGAAUUGAUGUCUUGUUCUGAGAGCGGUAGAAGUAUUGACCUGUCCUGAAACUUGAGAAGCCCUGGAGAUUGCAGAAGUCAAAGUGCGUGUGGAAGUCAUGGCGGAAGGAAAGGUAGGAGCUUGGGAGGGAUGGUUUGAAACAAAGGUGCAGCAGAGCAAACACCGUGGGAUUACCUCACUGCUACUGCUGUGUUGCCAGUGGGUAAUCCGUUCGUCCAAUAAUGUAUCGUAGGUAUGUCUUCUCAUACUGACGGCAUUUGCUGCCGAGUCGCAAAUGACGUAUCGGGAGGGUGUCGCGUGGAUCCUAAAAGUGUCAAUCCCUUCGGCUAACAGCCUAAAUGGAAGGCGGCAAGGCAACGCAACUUCACUCCCAUCGCAUCCAUCGUCUUGAUGUUGCAUCGAACUGCAACGAAAGUAGAGGCGGAAGAGCGUGCAGUGAAGCGAAGUUGCCCCCUUCUCAAAGAAUGGGAGAAUCAAACCAUUCGAUCAUUACUCUACAUCUCACCAGCCAUUGAUUACAAGUCAUUUACCUCUCUGUGUGCAAAUCCUAUGUCCAAGCCCCGAAGAUGAAUCCAACGCUAUGCUUUCUUUGCCUUUCAAACCCGUAGGGUUGCUGACGACCACCACCCCUACACACGUCGCUCCUACAAUGCCAGCACACCCACAAGGCCAACAGCUCCCGCCAACCCCAUUCCCAACAGCCCUCCAGCAGUAGGCAUCGCCGCACCACCCGACGAAGUCGAAGAAGCGCCGCUAGCAGUAGCAGAGCCCCGACUCGCCGUCGCCUCGUUCGAACUCUCGCUGGCACUCUGCGUACUCGUAAUGGUAGUGAGAUCGGUAUGACUCUUGCUCCGUGUAGAGGUACUAUUCGCAGAGGCGGUGGGAGCGAGAAGCGUCCCUGCUCCUGCCGCGUUCGUUGCGUUCGCAGUACCGGGUACAAGGAACGUCUGGACGUCGGUGGGAAGGGCUUUGAACCAGGAAGGUGUCUGGCCAGCGGCGAAUUGAGAAGCGAUCUCCCCCGAAACGGCCGCGGAGUUGGUGAGAGCUUCGGCGAUGAGGGAGGACGGCAGCGCGGUCUCGAGGACGGAGAUGACGGAAACGCUGGGUGGGAGUCGGUCAAGACGAAUGUCAUUUGUUCGCUACGGAACAUUGGACUUACACAUUCUCGGCGGAUUGGGUAGCAUUCUGUGCGGAGGCAACGGCGGCAAAGGCCGAAACAGCAAGGAUCUUGUACUGCAUCUUGAAAGCUCACAGUAAUUGCUUUGAUAGGAAACGACAGUGAGUGUUUCGUGCGCAAAAAUUACAAUAGCGAGGAAAGGGCCGUUUGGCAGAGCUGAACCUACAACGACGACCGAGAGGGCAGGGAGCUGCCUUUGAGGCUUUCAACAGCCAAUAUGUCUGUAACCAAGGCCGCAAGGCGUCCCACCAGAUGAUGGCGCACUGCUAUAUUUAUGUGCUUCAUCCAUGUAUCCAUGUCUGAACGCAUUGCUGGAGAUCGCCUGUUUGGUACUAGCACAGUGUAGGGCCACGCGUAGUCCGACACUGACGGUGGCGUGAAGUCGCGUGAACCAAUCAGUUCAGCGGCUACAUCUGCGGACGCUGGCACGACUCUCGCGAUGGUCUCGAGAUGCAGUCGUCACAUGCCGAACGAGAUCCGUAGAAGUGAGGCUGCUGACGAGCAUUAAUGCGGUUGCCUUUGGUGACGGAUGGCAGUAUACCUAACUUGUUUGGAGGGAUAGAAACGAGAAGACAUUGGCGGAAGCCACUUGCGUUCCCCAGUCGUAGAACAUGCAUCAUGGCUCGAGCGUUUUACUGAAACCAAGCUCACCCGAAGGCUCGAUUUCGAUCUGGAGGUCGGGUCGGUAUGAUCCAUGUAAAUACGUAUUAUUGAUCCGUUGGCGGAAUUUCAGCAGAAUCUGAUCCAGAAGCCGAAACAAUCUUUCAUCUGGCCGCGGUCGUACACUGCAGAAUCAUGUGCGACAUCUAUUGAAAUGGCAGGCAGGUCAUGCACGCUUCGGUAUUCCGUGCAAGCGCUGUGGUUCAGUCAAAAUUUACCAUUGAAACACAGCUCAUCGAGCCCUCCAAGCAGCAGAACGCCUUCUUGAGGUUGUCGACGACUGUCUCUCCUGACUUGAUCCAGCUGAACGGCUGGAAAUCGACCCUCUUGGCGACGCUCUGAUGACUUUGACGGUAUUGCCACAAGCAACCGCCACUGUCUGCGAAUCCAGAGGAACAGCUGGCCCAGCGCUGUGGACAUACAACGCAUCUUGAUCAUGCUCAGCGUCUUGAUCUGAAGGAAUCUCAAGCGUUUGCAGGUCGCCUUCAACAGAUAACUUAUACGCCUCCCACUGCUCGCCGCCAUCCUUGGCUUGUGCGUUCUGACGGGCGUGCCUUCGUUGUCGCAGCUCUGAAGUCGUUGGUCGGCGCUUGUCCACAACAGUCUCACUAUGCUGUGAUCUUCGCCUCCUUAGCCCAAGGAUGGACUGCGACCUCGAAGCAUUCCACGCCCCAGCGUUGGAGACUGUGUGGCUUUCUUUCUUCGCUUCGGCGAAAGCCUUGCAAGCUGGUACAGUCUGCAUUACGCAAAUACAUGCAUCUGCGUCGUCGCCGACAAACCAGGUAUAAAGCAGACAGUCAUCUUUCGCACCCUCGUGUAUUGUAGCUCCCAGAUAUCGCAGUGCUAGCUGACCGCAAGCCGAGCAUCGUCGAGACGGGCCAAUGAGUGCAUCCUCUAUGCGGCUGCCUGGCUGUGCGACCUUGAACGAGGCAACAGGAGUGAGCGUGGCGACGUUCAAGAAAAGAAUCGACGUGGAUGUUGUAAGGACUACGACCUCGGUAUCCAGGUCAGAGUACAGGCGUAGCUUGACCGGAUCGAUCAGCCUUCCAUCCGAGUGAUCGACCUGGAGCCGGUGCGUAUUGCCGUCGGUCCAACCUUCACCGUUCCAAAUGUAUGCAAACACAACGCCUUCUUCAGUGACUGACAAGAGCUGGCGGCCGUGCUUUGAAGUCUCCAGAAGUGCUGCUCCGACCAAUGGUACAGUAGAAAUAUCGGCACCACUGCAUUUCCCAUCCUCCAUGCAGCUCAUAGCGAGGCGACCGCCAGACGUGAGCACCAUGAAGUAUUCUUUGCUUCCAUUGAGUGCCGGAAGUGUAGCAUAACCGAACACUAGGGCAGGAUUAUCGUCCGGAUAUUGCACGAGAUUCAGAACCAUCGAGCCUGUUGUGUGAUUGUAUGCUAAUAUGCCAUCGUUUGAACAGUGACAUGCGAUCCACUCUCCACUUUCGUCUAUUGCAAGAUGGUGUACCGGCCAGCUGAUCGAUCCGAGGACGUCAGAUGGUACGGCAAACGUUUGGUGGGCAUCUCUUGUUCUGUCAGCGACAGAAAUCGACAGCGUUCUGUCCAACGAGGCUGCAACGAAGUGUCCACUUCCACUGCUUGCCAAUUUGACUAUGUCGAGUCUGUGUGGUAAAUGUAUCGUCUGCGCAGCGAGUGACUCCUCAUUCUGAUUACAAGCGAUGUCGUUGUCCUCGUCGCCAGCCUCGUUGUACAGCAGGAAGUUCAUUAGCACGGCGACAAACGCAACGAUGAAUACAACUGCGACGGUGACUGGGUAUAAGUGGUGUAUUGCGAAGCUGCGCAAAGCGUGUGUCCACUCCUCUCCACCACGGGAUACACCUGUACGGUCAGAUCCACCCAGCACUACGACCAACGGAGCGAAGAGACGAAUAACAAAGCUGUCAGCGCCAGGCUUUGCGAACCUCAUCACCUCCUUGGCGGUGUCGAAGUCUUGCAUACGCAUCCAUUCUCCAGGUGUCAAGGUUGCGUUCAUUGGUGGAGGCGCAAAUGUCUCCGCCUCAACAACAUUGGAUGAGCCGCCGCGGACAAUUGCGAGAAGGCGCCGCAAGUUUGUCGCUUUCUCCUUAUGCUCGAAGAAGUGAUAGUUGAGCGAGAGAAUGAAGGUGGCCGUGACUGCCGUGCCAGCCAUGCGAGUGCUGAAUGGGAGUCGACCCUCAAUGAGGGCGUCGAACCAGGUGUGAUGAACCGGAGUAGGGCGCCUUCGAUGGCGUGGAUGGUUGUGCCUAGCCGCUAUCGCGUCUUGCAGUUCUAGCCGACGAAUGUCUACGUUCAAGACGGCGACGAAGAAGGUUAGUAAGAAGAAAGCAUCGAAGAGAGUGGCAAUCGCUGCGAAAGCACAGAAGGCCGCAACACCAGGGGACACCACCAUCGAGAGCAGUGAUAGGAUCGUCAGAUUCUGUGUCGCUGCCGCUACAGAAAUCGGACCAACAUCGCCCAGAGCAUUGGCGAUUCGAAGCUCGGUCGCCAUUGUCGGUGGGUAUGCAAGUACGGCGUUGAUGAGCCUGAACAUAUUCUCCACCCCAAGAACCAGGACGAUGAACGGAUACGCGUUCUGGGGUAUUUGAGCCAGGUUGAUUUUCAGCAUGCCGCAGAUCGUGAAACUCGCCAAGAUAGAGCAAGUCAUCUGUGUGAUGGCAGUCACUACCAAUCCGAACCGACUGUGGAAGGCCUUCAUCCUGCGCAGGCUGAUGAGUACGUAGAGAGCCAUGAAGCUGUAAGCGAAAGUGAGCGCAAUGUGCUCUUGUAUACUAAGAGGUGUGAAGCUGAAUUGGUAGACGCGAUGUCGAGUGACGUUGCCGUCGCUUGGGAAGAGGGAGCAACUGCUACACGCUCCAUCGGCCAAGGAUCGCAUGUUCUCUUGCCAGCCUUCCCCGACCGCACUGUCGACUUGAUUCAUCAGAGUGAUCACAAGUGCAUCGGCAGCCAACAGUUGGUGUCGAGAAAACUUCUUGCCGGCGAAAAGUGAUGCUGGACGAAGAGUAACGUUGAGCGACGAGGGACUCCGUUUCUGUUCGUUGAUCGUCUGAAGUAUGUCGGUAUCGGCGUCUAUGACAUCCGCAGAGUUAUUCCAGUACAUCAAUGGCGAGUGAUAGCCCCAUUGCAACGUGCGAGAUCGAAGUUGGUCACCCAAGGCUGGGUUGAUUUCGCUUUGCCGGUCGUGACCAACUACACUCUGUUGUACGGCCAAAGCCCGCUUCAAAGAGUCUUUGUCGAGAGCAUUCAUAUAAGAGCCAUGGAUCCAGAUUUGACGCAUUUCCACAUCGAUUGUGGUGACGCUGUCGUUGACGGCCCUGGACUGCGUCCAGACAUGGUGUGGAUGUGCUGAGAUGCCCGCCGUAGGAUUCGUCGAUAACAGCACGGUUGGGUAGGAGAAGCCCAUGGCGAUAGCCACGGAUACCAGCAUGGCGAUGAGCCAAUGCUGUGCUGUUGUCUUGCCAUGGCGAUAGAAGGCUCUGCGAAUGGGGUGGUUGGCGGAAAGACGCGGAGGCUGAGUGGUGCCCCGGAUGGGUGAGAACAGAUACCAGAUCAUCAGUGUGAGGACUCCCGUGACCCGCAAGGGCACUUGUUGCGCGGAUGGAGGAGAAGCGUAUCAAUGGCUCAACCCAUGGUUCCAGUGGUGCGGUCCAAAGAGUUUUUGGAGGAAGAAGCCAGACUGCAGAAUGUAUACGGAAGACGAGCCAGAUUCAGAAAUACCAGUAUGGUCCGAGAGGGUUGCCGUAUCCUCAAAAGACGCUCGAUGUAGGAUGCAGUCUCCUUUCCUCCUUCCUCUGAGUCUGUAGUGCGACGUCGAGUUGAUGUUUCUCAGGUCCGUGCCGCGCAAGUGAAGUCGGCUGUGCCCUAGCGACUCGGUAGCGCUACGGCGGAGCAUAUCAUCGACCAGCCCCAGCCCAAAGCUGAAGCUCCGAGCUGCCUGCUGGCGUUACGUACAUGAGCUCCCACCUGCAUCUGCAUCUUGCUGGACACCCCGGCCCCGUCACCAAUCUUCGCACGCCUCUGUACACUUCUAUUCCCGGAGAGAGUCUUCGCCAUGUCCAUCGAUCCGCCGGCGUACAUCGUCUCCCUCCAGAACAACAUUCGCGCGCGGCCCAUAUCGUGGGAUGGAGCUGUGAGGGCCAAGACAAUCACUGACGAUGACCUCAAAAAGAUCAAGGCGAUAGACAAGGUGCGGAAAGAGCAGCGCAAGGUGGCCGUGGAGAGCGAUGUUCAGACAUACACCAUUCUACUGCUGGGCAAUGCCCAGGGUAGCAAGAGCAUCUUCGAGAGCGCCGCAAAACGAACGGAUAUUCUGCAGUAUAUGCUGGUCCUGACUGGCGACCUAAUUGAUGGUAGGCAUUGAGCCACCAAACACUCUUGGCUGGGAGGAGACUGAACAGAGCACAGAUAUUCCCGCUUUGACCGAAUCUCUUGUCAAGCACCCGCACCCAUACAAGCCCUUCCUCCCUCUACUGAAACAAUCGAAUAAUCCAGAGGACCCCAUACCGCUGCUCACGUCCUCCGUACUGUCCUCGCUCCUCUCACUCGCCGUUGUAGCUCAACCCAAGUCCACAGGAGAGAUCGACGAAGCGCUGCCCAAGCUCUACUCUUAUGUCGCCGAGCUCGCCAAAACAUCGGAUUCGAAUCUGCAAGACAUCGCAGUACAGGAAUACAGCGCGGUUCUCCGAACUUCAAAAGCUAGACAACAAUUCUGGAAGCAAAGAAAAGAGACACUUGGGCCACUCAUUGACGUGCUUCGCAAUGCUACCGGCGGCAAGGAUACGGACAGCACAGCAUACAAUGGCGGCUCCACCAGUGCCAGCAUACGAAGCAUGAAUGAAGCCAACGUGAAGAUCAGCGGCGUUGGACUCCAAUUGCUCUACCACAUCCUCAUGGCCAUGUGGCAGCUCUCCUUCGAAGGCCAGCUAGUGGGCAAAGGCCUAGACGAAGAGCACGACAUCAUUCCCCUCUAUACACAACUCCUCCGGAUCUCCCCCAAAGAGAAGACCACCCGCCUCCUCCUCGGCACGCUGAACAACCUUCUCUCUUAUAACAAAGCCGCCCUCAUGCCAGCUGCUCUCCCCGCCAAACUCCCCUCCGUGCUCACAAAUCUCAAAAGCCGCCACCUCACAGACCCCGACCUCCUCGAAGACCUCGAGAAUCUCACAAACAUGGUCGAAGAGUACACCAAAACCCAGACUACGUUUGAUGAAUACGCCGCCGAAGUGGACUCCGGCCAUCUCCGCUGGUCCCCACCACACAAGAACCAAUCCUUCUGGGCGGAAAAUGCCAGCCGUAUCAUCGAAGAAGAACAGGGACGUCUCUGUAAGAAAUUGGGAGAGAUUCUGGGCAAGGAGUGGCAGAAUGAUAAGCAGGUGUUGGCGAUCGGGUGCAAUGACGUCGCGUUCCUGGUCAAGGAAUGCCCGGAGAAGAGGCAGCAGUUGGAGAAGUUGGGGUUGAAGGCGAGGGUCAUGGCUCUGAUGCAGGAUGAGAAUGAGACGGUGAGGUGGGAGAGCUUGAGAGCGGUCGGUGAGUGGCUGAGGUACAGUUUCGAUCAGCAAUAGUACGUCAGAUAGCGAUGGAAACGAGAGCCUCGAUGAUAUGAAGCAGUGGGAUCCGCGAGCAUGGGCGUGUACGUUUUAACGUGUGGCAAUGGGGCAGGACGCAGUCAUUUCGCACACCUAACAUAGCUUUUUUUCUCAAAAACUUUGUCUAGUUCCUUACAACUCAAGACAUAUCAAGAUCAACGCUUUUUUUACUGCCCGCUGAUCUCGAAAAACCCCAGUGUAGUUUAAAUAUGCUGGAUGCGGAGAGUAAUGCCUUUUGCUUUCUUGCGCGGUGUCCGCAGUGUCCGCAGUGGAUGGUGAUUGCUCCCCCCCGAAAAUUUCUCCAUGAUAUCUCGACAACAAUUCGUGUCUUCGUCCCGGACCCAUGCUGAGAGCGUGAUGGCUCUUGAUCUAGUAGACCUUCUUCUUCUCGUCGAAGCUGACUUGGCCGGGUCCCAUGUUGACCAGCAGCAGCAGACCCCCGACAAUAGAGAGGAUCUGGAAGAAGUCGUACUUGGCAAAGUCCUUUUGCGGGUGGUGUGGGUGAAGCUAGGGUCACGCAUGUCAGCAUUUUUUAUAUCCAAUCUCAGCAUGCUUGGGGAGAGAGUUCUUCGUCUUACCGUCCAGAAGUUGUUGACAAGAAUGUUGAAGAUGCUCAGGAUCAUGACCAGCACGAUGGCGCUCCACUUCGCCUUGAAUCCCACCACAACCAUGACGCAAGCCACGGCACCCAGGAGAAUGACCAAGACGCGUCCCAGGCUCCAUUGGCCAGCGAAUACGAAUCCAAUGAAGAGGAAGAUGAGCAGCACUCGGCCUGCAAGCUGGAAGUACAUCUUGCGGUCCUUCUCGUCGAGCUGGGGAAGGCCAGCUGGCGCGAACUUCUUGCGCACCCAACUGUCGGAGAGGACCAUGAUCAAGCCGCCCAUGACGGAGAGAUUGCGCAGGAAGAAGUUGAGGUCGAAGAUCAGUCCGUAGCCGAGCGCCUGGGUGAUGACCACGCCAAUUAGGCCACCGACGGCGUAUUCGCUGUGCUUUCGGAUGAUGACGAGAAGACUGGCACCAGUCAUAGCAACGACGUUUACGAUGAGGAAGAUGUGGUUGACGCCCCAGGGCACUAUAGCACAAGUCUGUCAGCAUUGUACCGCCUUUUGACCAACCCCCGCCGCAUUCUGCCUCUCACAGCGAGAAUGCGCGCUGUCCAGAGCAACUCACUGUGUCUGUACUGAUGCAAGUAUUCCAAUUGAUCACUCCAUUGUGUAAGAAUCCGCAGGGCAUCCUCCAAGAACGUGACGACGAUCAGGAAUCGCCCAAUGGCGGGUAGGUAUGGCUUGAUCGGGUCUGACCAUGUGUCUAGCAAAUCCUCAAUCUUGCUCGUCUGCUCUCGGAUGGCGUCCAGCGGGGAUGGAUCGUUGGUGGCAGAGGAGCUGGAAGGCCCGGGGCCAAAGGACAUGUUCUGCUGAUUGCCGAGAUGGUAACCGGCGGUUCCUCUGAUUUGUGCCAUGAUGGAAGGAUUGGGGGAGGAAUUGAUGCUCGUAGGUGUUUCGUGGCUCGUCCGGAUGCAGACGCCUCAAUCACGCUGCCUGCGCCGACUCCGAUGUGUGAUGCCGCUGCUCGAAUGGGAGUGGUGCAGGUUGUAUGUGGUGUGGAGCUCGACGUCCUUCUUCGUGCUGCGUGUGGUCUUCAAAUGAGCGACGUUGCCGAGUGUGCAAUGCAAUUACAAGACCCGACUGACGGCGCACGCGGGGCUGGAGCGCGUUUUGCAGACGGUUGGCAGAGGUGCAAACGGUAGAGUUGUCCUCAGUAGGGAUAUUGGAAGGCGGAGCGAGGUUAGCGGGGCCAGGGUGAGGGCGAAUAGUGAGUAGAGAAGUGUGUACUGUGUGCGGCAGGUCGACACCUGUUCUUUUAAGUAGGAGGCAGCUUGGUAGCGAUGCUGCCGUAUGCUUUGAGCUUGAGCUUAUUAUUAUUGCCAGACUCCCGGUCCACCCUUUCGAUUCAGUCGCGACACCUUCUUUGUCCUCUCCCUCCAAUCCAGCUCACAAUAACCGGCCCAGUGCGGUGCGAAUCGCAGCGCUGCUCUGGACAGAAGCGGCGCGCCGAAGAGGGCAGCAGCACACAAAUAGAAGCUGACCUCACCUCCCCUGCACUGCACAGCGGCACUUAGGUGCCCAGACCGACCGACCACGGUGGAGCCGGUACGAGCCAGCGCAAGCAUGGAUGAUUGGUUCCAUCCACGUUGUGCAUCUUAAACAGACGAAUGCAGAGACCUUGCUCUCCUCUCUUUGAAAGCAAUCCUGAUACUAUGCGACGAACAGUUUGGACAUAUGCGAGUAGUACAGCUACCCACGUCUUGCACUACCUCUCUUCCUUGCGUCAAUGGUCUCCCAUGCGCUGGCCAAUACAUACCUUACUCAAGGAACCAGUUUUGUUUCCGUCGACACCCCGUCGCUUGCUCUCUGCGAGCCAUGUUCGCCUGCGAAACGCCGUUUUCCCCCACUGUAGACUUGUCAUGACCGCAGCGAUUCCCCCCUUGGACCUGAUAGAAAGACAAUUUUCGCCAACCUCAAGAAACGCUCCGUGCCAACCCACUCCGAGAAACAAAAAAGCUGCCUGCAAAACAAGACCCCGCAGAAUGUAAUUGUUGGCCUGUCAUGCCGUGAAUCGAAAAUAUAAGCAGCAACCUGCGUCUUUAUGCUGUCCACCCUGACAGUUCAUCAUCCUGUGCCGGCGCGGUGUUCUCGCCUUCGUCGUGCAAGGCCUGGAACAUUGGAGCUUUUCCAACGGGCUUGGCAGCCGGCUUGUUGGUUUUGCCGCUAGGAACAGGUGCUGCGACGGGAGUAGCGUCUCCGUUUGUCUCGCCCUCUGCACUCUUCUUCUUCGGCUUCUUGUUGCUCUUGACCUCACUCCAACCGGACUCGCGCUCGCUCUCUUCGAUUGCCCUUGCAACCUCGUCAUCUGCCCAACGAGUCGGCGCUGCGUCGGUGGUCGAGGUGGCCGCAGUGCUAGCACCUUGGUUGGAACUGCUGUUAGAUUCCGUUUCAAAGGUGUCCAGCAAUUGGGCGUUGCUACCAUCCGAGGUGGUGACCGGUAGCUGGGUGUCUCGAGUUGCGUUCCGCUCACUCCAGGGGUUGUUGGAGGGAGCAGGAGCAACAGGAAUGCCGUUUCUCGCAGGCUCGCCACGGGCCUCUCGGGCAGCACGCCGCUGCUGCUCCUGCUUUUGCUUCCAUGCUCGAUCAUGCUCCUCCUGCUCCAGCCUCUUCUGCUCGGCCUUCUUGCGGUUCUGCCGCUGCUUCUUCGUCUCGACAACCUCCUGUUUCGGCUGCUUCUUGGCCUUGUCUUGCACUGGCUUCUCGGGAGCCAGAAUGCGCAGAGAAGAUGGCCCGGGAGCAGCUGGCUCAAGCAUGUCAUCAAUUCCGACAGCCGUGAGGGUGGGAGAGACCGCGGGAGACCAGUCGUCCUCAGCAUCCGCUUGUGAAGAGCCCGAGGAGAGCACUUGGUUGUUCGUUGCAUUCUUUGGCUUUACAGACUUGACGCGAGUCUGGUCCUUGCCAGCCGACUUGACCUGGAUGCCAUCUCUUGCCUUUUGCAUGUUCAGUGCGAACUGGCGCGUGCUCAUGUCAAUCUCGUCGAUGAUCGGUUCUGCGACGGGUGACGCCUCGCGAGCAGGCUGGUUGUUGACUUUCCGCUUCUUGUUGCCAUUCUGGCUCGGCGGUUUGGUAGUCGAGUCGGAGGCAGACGGCUCUUCGGUGGUGACUUGAGCAUAGGAUUUCUUGCUCUGUGCUGGCUUUCGAGCCGGCUUCUUCGUCUCCUUCUCCUUCCUCGACUCCUUGGCAGCUGGCGCUGGCCUGAUACCCUGCUUUGGCGUGGGACCAAAGUAGUAGUAAGUUAGGCCACCCAUAGCGGCGAGGAAUAGUCCCCAGUUCGUGACGGCCUGGUAAGAAUCCAUCAUGACAGAUCGCGUCGCUACACACUACGGAACGCCUGUAGGGGUGAGCAUGUGCACGCCGCCAAGCAGGCUCGAGGGCAAUACUUACGGCAAGACGCGCCAGUCGCAAUGGAGUUGCAGGAUUAGUGGUGUAUAUGUAUGGUGAAGUGGCGUAGAAAGGAGUGCUGCAGAUGGUAUAUAGAUACAACACCGGGGCAGAGAGCCGAGAGGCCGCCAAUGUCUGGGCGAAGAGCAGAGGCGGUAGGUGGUAGGUGGCCAAGCAAGGAGUCGGCCAGAGGGGGAAAGCUGCUGCCGCUGCUGGCGGGCGGGGGUGGAAUUUAUUACCUUGAGGAAGGGCGAUGGCGGCGGCGCAAAUGAUACCUCAGGUAAGGUAGCUGUCGAUUGUUGCAGUGGCUGCGUGAAAGAAAGUGUUUGCCCGGCGCGGGUGGUGGAAAGAGCGAGAGAGGGAGGAGUGAUGUGUAGGUAUAGAGGAGUGUAGGUGUGGAUGGGGGUGUGUGAUGGGAGGUCGAGGGCGUGCCAAGGGAUGGUGGUGGAGGCGAGUCGGAGGAGUGAGAUGAUUAGGUUGAGAUUGAGCGUGGCCGUUGCAGCUGGUCACUGCGCUGCUGCCCUCUGCUCUGCUUGCGCCUGGCGUGUCUGAUGAGAUGACGAGACGACUCUCAUCAUGGAUUGGAUGAGAGAUGAGAGGCUUCGUACUGUCCAGCUGUCCACUGUCCAGUGUCGCUUCCCCCCCUCUAGCAACUUCCCUAGCAGGGGCCUCGUCCCUUCCCCGUACUCUACACGACCGCACGAGGCUGAAACGGGAAGGCGCCGAGCUCUGCUCUUGCACCCGCCAACCUCAAUUCCUCUCCCUUGUGCGUCUGACUCUCUCCCUACCACCUCGUACGGCGCUGUCAAUCAUUGCCAUGGCGUCUCUCCCAUGGGCCAUGACCGUGAGCCGGAUCGGCCGCGAUCGGAUAUGGUAUCACAUAUGGUAUUCCACGGGCUCGGAUGAGUCGGCACUACACCUACUACCAGUGCACCUCAUUCACCUCUCCGCGGACUUCUCCACAUGACAACUACCCGCCUGCAGCUGCUAUGCGUGCAGGCACAAGAUGCACACGGCAUCGCUUCUGCGUGUGCGCCAGACCUGGUUGCUCGCUCCUGACACAGUGGCCACAGCUGUGCUCGUUGCUGGUGCACUCGCGGUCAGAAACACUCCUCGCUCCAGGGCCGCCGCUCGCCUGUACAAACGCCAUGUACUUCCAACCGACAGUCACUCGACAUACACCAGACUCACCCAUCACCUCUCGGCGAGCCAUUGACAUCUUACGGAACUCGCGGCUGUUUGCCUUUCUGCACCGGCAGCUGGAUCCUGCCACGCUGCAGCUUGCAUUGCGUGGAACGUGGCGAGCAAAGAAGACGCAGACGCAACUCCCUACGUCAGUUGGGGCUCUCGGUACUUUGAUCAAUGUAUCCAAUGCUACGCGAGCCCGUCGGAUGUGACCUCAGGCGGGCAUUGCGCCCCGUGCCUUAGGCCUACGUGCGAGGCUGGUCUUCUGUGCUGACUGCAAAGGAACAGCUCGCGUCCAUUCAACGUGGUACAGAAAAGCACUCCACAUUUGCGAUUCAUAUGCUGGAUUACCAGCAAUGUCAAGAAUCCAGCUCAUGAGCAUGCUUCUGCCUUACGCUGGUGCUGCGGCUCACGACAGCCUGUUCUCCUAGUACUAUUCGCCGCUUUCGCCGCAAGCAGACUUGCUGCGGCAAUCAGCACUACGACCCCGGGUGACAGCUUUCGCUCUAACCGAGAGUCUGGCAGAGCUCGAUGUUGUCGAUGCAACGGAAGUCCUAAGACUGGACGUCGCGGUGUGUAUAUCGCACGCAUCGAUCGGUCCAGGAGACUGCGCAGGCGACCAGCCUAAAUCGUACGCUUGAUCCAGCAAUGGUGCGCUGCAGUUCGGCUGAUUCGAAGCAUCCGUUGUCUUGCCGCAACACGCCCAUAUGCCAUCUCUUACAAAAACGAUAUCAGACUGGCCGGUGUACUUCUUUCGGUUGUUUCGAUUCGUCGGGUCCUCGAAUUUCGAAUCGGUAGAGCCACUCAUGUGGCCGAGCUGUUGCUAGCCAUGAUUGGGUUCCACUUUGCGGAUCGUACAGUUCGGGGUCUUCUUUCGCGCCGCAGGGCUUCGCGCCGUAGUAAGUGUCGUUGUAUACACCUCCAUUGAUGGCAUAGCAUGUACAAGUUGCUGUUCCGAGAUGGAGCACUGGAACUUCUGAAGGUCUCAAGCUAGAACAACGAACCACCAAAAAGCGCGGGUACAAUCACACUCAAGACAAGACUCGCACUGAACUGAUGAACACGGCGUCUUCGCUGAGAUAGCAAACAGUUGGAAAGAGAUCAGAGUCAGGACGACUACCUAGGUAAAAAUGGUCGUUGUACUCUUCAGGCGGAUAGGAGCGUCACGUACACAAAAAUACUGUCCUUAGAACUCUAGACGAUACCUAACGAUGGCUCGGUGGCACAGCAUGCCUAUAAUCUCUUCCCGCGAAAAAUGAGUGUCGAAUAUUCCUAAGUAGAGCAAAAAACACAGAAGCUCGGGCUUCUUCUAGGGCUCACAAUCGAAGAUGGUCAGUACGAGGGUCGAACUCGCGACCUUGGCGUUAUUAGCACCACGCUCUAACCAACUGAGCUAACCGACCAAUCGAUGAAGGAUGGUGCAGUGUUGUAAAAUAUGUAGCUUAUCUUAAUAGGCACCGAAGAGGAGCCGCUAGCCUUGGGCGAAUGCUCCUUGCUCCCCCUCCUACUCUUCUACUUCACUUCUUCCAGCCCCUUCAAUCCUCACGAAGCUCAACGUCACGGGACAGAUCUCGGGAUACGCAAUGUCUGUCGAUUGGAAGCGUUUACUGGCUCAUCCGAUCCCGCUGGGUCCAUUGCGUCGAACACUUCCCAUCAAGCCUUGCCGAUUAGGAGUUGGCAUGGGAAUUGACGACUCGGACUCGGAACCUCAGUCUGCGUGCGACAUUCAAUGUCUGCAACAUUCGAUGACUGCCAUCAGGUCGAUCAUCCAUCCUGAUUCCUGAUGCUCUCAUGCAGUAUGACGGUCUACCCCAAACCACUGACUCGUCCACCUGCCGGCCAUCUGCAUUCAGCGGAAGGAACAUCUCUGAAGCCCCGCAGCAAUGAGGCCUAACGCUAUCCCAGGAAUGGAGAUGUAGUUUGGAAAUGGAACUUGCUCACUUACCUUACUCGUGGUUACGAGUGCGUUUCUCUUGUUGACGGGAUGGCAGCUGUCAGUUUGCCGUGUGGUUCCACAGUAGUUCCCCGCUCGACUGCACAAACGCAUUUUUCCUGCGUCGGCCAUCUUUGAAUUGCAAUUCCUCACGAACAGUCGCGAGAACAGUUCCAGCAAGUCGUCCUCUCUUCCCAUGAAUCAAAUUAUUUCCUUCGUAUCAGACUCCCAGGGCGACAGCUCGAACAUGCCACGACGAGACAUCGAAUUUGAAACCUCCGACGGAGUCAUCCUCCGCGGAUGGUUUUACAGGUCUCCAGACAAGAAGGGCAAGCUGCCAUGUCUCGUCAUGGCCCACGGCUUCUCGGCUCUCAAAGAAAUGGAUCUGGAUGCGUUCGCUGAACACUUCACCUCCAAACUGCCCCUCACCUGUCUGGUCUAUGACAACCGGGGGUUUGGAGCCAGCGAUGCUGCGCAAGGCCAGCCCAGGCAAGAGAUAGUGCCUAGCUUGCAGAGUAAGUGGGCUAUUUGGGUGGAUCUCCCGGUACUAAUGGCAGGAUAGUGAGCGAUUACUCGGACGCAAUUACCUACGCGCAGAGCUUAGAUGAUGUAGACGGAUCCAAGAUUGGCAUUUGGGGCUCAUCAUAUAGUGGAGGUCAUGUGCUCCAGAUCGGAGCGGCAGACAAGCGGGUACUGUUCCCAGUACAUUUACAAAACUGCGGCAUAUUCUCUAACCCAAUCUCUAGGUCAAGGCGGUCUUAAGCCAAGUGUGAGUUCCGGGGAAUGCUGAAGAUGGGCCUGGCCUGACAGAGGGUAGACCAUUGGUAAACGGCUUCGAGAACUUCUCCAGACUGGUUCGCUCAGAUCAAAUACCUGACAUGUACCAUCUGUGGCAAGAAGGUGAGCAAGCUCAGUGUGCAUCAAGUCUUCGCUAACUUGGGUACAGAUCGAAUCUCGAGGAUGAAAGGAGAAGAGGCUCGUACAGUCCCGAUCGUGACAAACCAGCCUCAACAGCCUGCUGCAUUGCCGACACCAGACAGCUAUGACUUCUUUACAGCUUGGGAGAAAAAGGCAAGAUCGCAUGACCUUCCCGCCCGCAGAAUCUGGCUGACGAAGUCUCCAUGCAGAGCGACUGGAAGAACCAUGUAACCGUGCGAAGGUAAGGGGGACAAGUCUGUUCGCCAAUGGCCGCACUAAGUCACCAAGCAGUCUCGAACUCCUCCGGGCACAUGAUCCAUCACAUCUCAUCCAUCGAAUCGCCCCGACGCCCCUGCUGAUGACCGUUGCGGCGAACGAUGUGCUCACGCCCACCGAUCUUGCGCUGGAGGCGUAUUCCCGAGCUCGCGAGCCGAAGCAGUUGUCUGUCAUCCCCGGGGGCCAUUUCGACGCUUACCGCGGCGUCAACUUUGAGAGGAACGCGGGCACCCAGACCGAUUUCCUCCGGGAGACGCUGUGUGUUGAUGUUCGAGACUCGUCUUAG